AUGUCCCCCAGAAGCUGGAAUCCCACAACAGUAGUCCUCUGGACCCUGCUUGGAUUGUUGCUGUGUCCGGAACCAGGGACAGCAUCCCUGCCCCUCCUCAUGGACUCUGUCAUCCAGGCUCUGGCUGAGCUGGAGCAGAAAGUGCCAGUCACGGAGGCCAACCACACUGUCUCUGUGUGGCACCUGUCAGCCCGGGACUCUGAUCCCCAUGAUCCCCUUCAUCACUUCCUGCUAAAGGGACGAAGUCUCAAAGUCACCAAGUUGGGUCCUUCUGCACUGAGCCCAGAGCUGCAAGGCCUGAUGGAGGAGGUGGCCCGACAUGAUGUGCGGGGUGGGCAGGAAUACGGGGUGGUACUGGCCCCCGACGGCUCGACGGUGGCUGUGGAGCCUCUUCUGGCAGGGCUGGAAGCCGGCCUGCAGGGCCACAGGGUCAUAAACUUGCCCUUGGGCAGCACAGCCACCCCUCUGGGUGCCGGAGACACCUUUCCAGAUGUUGGAGCUGAGGUUUCUGAUGUAAGAGCCACCUCCCCAGGACUCAGAGAUGUCUCUCCAGAUGUUAGCUCUGCAGGUGUCAGAGCUAUGUCUCCAGAUGUUAGAACCACAGAUCUCAAUGUGGGAGCCAUCUUUAAAGAUGACAGAGUCACCUCUCCAGAUGACCAAACCUCCUCGCCAGAUGCCAAAGCAACGUCUCCGACCACUGUGGACAGCCUCCUGGUGGUCACCUUGGCCAGAGACUUGGGCCUGACCUUCCUCCAGGGCCCCCAAACUCAGAGCCACCCAGGCCUGGGAGCUGAGGGCUGCUGGGACCAGCUCUCUGUCCCCAGGAACUUCACACUCCUGGACCCUGAGGCAUCACCGGUUACCACAGCCUUCCUCAAUGGUGCUCUGGAUGGCGCCCUCCUUGGGGACUACCUGAGUCGGGCCCCUGAGCCCCGGCCACCCCUCAACCACCUCCUGAGCCAGUACUAUGGAGCAGGGGUGGCUGGAGAUCCAGGACUUCGCAGCAACUUCCGACGGCAGAACGGAGCUGCUCUGACUUCAGCCCCUGCCCUGACCCAGCAGGUGUGGGGCGCCCUCAUCCUGCUCCAGAGGCUGGAGCCAGCACACCCUCAGCUGCAGGGCAUGAGCCAAGAACAGCUGGCACAGGCGGCCACCCAUGCCACCAAGGAGUUCACUGAGGCCUUCCUGGGGUGCCCGGCCAUCCACCCCCGUUGCCGCUGGAGUGCGGCACCGUACCGGGGCCGCCCGACGCCGCUACGGCUGCCGCUCGGGUCCCUGUACGUGCAUCACACCUACCUGCCCGCGCCUCCCUGCACCACCUUCGCGCGCUGCGCAGCCAACAUGCGCUCCAUGCAGCGCUUUCACCAGGAUACGCGUGGCUGGGACGACAUUGGCUACAGUUUCGUGGUGGGCUCAGACGGCUACGUGUACGAGGGCCGCGGCUGGCGCUGGGUGGGCGCGCACACUCUAGGCCACAAUGCCCGCGGCUUCGGCGUGGCCUUCGUGGGCAACUACACCGCGGAGCUGCCCGCCGAGGCCGCGCUGCGCACGGUGCGCGACACGCUGCCCAGGUGCGCGGUGCGCGCUGGCCUCCUGCGGCCGGACUACACGCUGCUCGGCCACCGCCAGCUCGUGCGUACCGACUGCCCUGGCGACGCGCUCUUCCGCCAGCUGCGCACCUGGCCGCACUUCGAUGGGAAUGUAAAGCGAAGGACUGCCAAGAGCGCCCCCAGGAGAUCCAAGAGGAAGCCGCCUCUAGUGACCAUGCCGGCCACAGACCUCCAAUAA